GAAAAGCGGAGUUGGUGAAAGGAAAAUCACGUCAAACAGCGCGUCUGUUUUGUGCGUUUGUUUUGUUCGUUUGGAGAGACAUUUUAAGCCUGACAGAGCGCGCGCGUGGGCUCAGGAUGGACAGGCUCGUGGCGUGUUGUCUCCGGGUGAAGGAGCUGAGACGUGGAGGAAUAUAAACCUCCGAAAAGAAACGUGUGGACCUCAGAAGAUCAACAGUUCUCCCAGACAAUGGAGACCUGUCACGAGCCUUGACCUGGGACUGGGGCUGUGGUUGGGGCUGGGAUGGAUUAAACGCGUUUGUUUUGCACGUAUCGCAGAGGCAGAUACUCAUGCGCGCUCUGGUGGUGUCACACUGAGCCAUUGCACUGCGUAAAUCUACUAAAACCCUUCUCAUCCAGGCGCCUGAGCCCGGCCCGUGGAGCCAUGUGGAGGACGUGGAUGCACAGAGCGGCUCUGUGCUGCGUGCUCCUGCAAACCUGCAUGUACAACGCGCUGGGUCUGAACAUGUGCAUGAGCGGGAGUGCCAGCUCCUGUGAAGAAUGUCUCCUGAUUCAUCCGAGCUGCGCCUGGUGUGCACAGGAGGAUUUUGGAAUUGGACGCACGCUGCCGUCUCGUUGUGAUUUUAGUUCAAAUCUGGUGAAAAGAGGCUGUGACACGCGGUACAUCGAGUCUCCAAGGAGCAGUGUUUCUGUGCUUGAAAAUGAACCUCUGAGCUCAAAGGGCUCUGGAUGGACUCAUAGUAAUGUGGUCCAGAUCAUGCCUCAGAAGAUCUCGCUCAGCUUACGUCCAGGAGACCAGACCUGGUUUGAGCUGCACGUGCGGCAGGUGGAGGACUACCCCGUGGACCUGUACUACUUGAUGGACCUGUCUCUUUCUAUGAAAGAUGAUCUGGACACGAUCCGGAACUUGGGUACAACUUUGGCACAUGAAAUGGGAAAACUCACCAGCAACUUCAGGCUUGGCUUUGGUUCUUUUGUGGACAAAAACAUGUCUCCUUUUUCAUACACAUCGCCAAAAUACCAGGAAAAUCCAUGUAACGGGUACAAACUCUUUCCAAACUGCGUCCCGACCUUUGGAUUUCGCCACAUCCUGUCGCUGACGGACAAGGUGGACCGCUUCAACCAGGAGGUGCAGAAGCAGAUGGUGUCUCGCAACAGGGAUGCCCCGGAGGGAGGCUUUGACGCCAUCCUGCAGGCGGCAGUUUGUAAGGAGGAGAUCGGCUGGAGGAAAGAGGCCUAUCACCUCUUAGUAUUUGCUACAGAUGAUGUUCCUCACCUGGCCCUGGACGGCAGACUGGGGGGACUGGUCCAGCCUCACGAUGGACAGUGUCACCUCAAUGAGAAGAACGAGUACAGCGCGUCAACACAGAUGGACUAUCCCUCUCUGGCUUUGCUGGGAGAAAAACUGGCCGAAAACAACAUCUUCCUCAUCUUUGCUGUCACUAAACGACUCUACGUCAUUUAUAAGAAUUUUACGGCACUAAUACCUGGCACGACUGUGGAAAUCUUGGACCAGGACUCAAAAAAUGUGAUCCAGCUCAUCGUGAACGCGUACAACAAUAUCCGGUCCAAAGUGGAGCUGUCAGUCUGGGACCACCCCGAGGACCUGAGUCUCUCUUUCACUGCCACCUGUCAGGACGGAAAGCCUCUGCCGGGACUCAGGAAGUGCGCUGACCUCAAGAUCGGAGACACUGUGUCGUUUAACGUGAGCGUAGAGGCCCGGAGUUGUCCUGCCCGAGGCACAGACCAAACCUUCACCAUCAAACCUGUGGGAUUCAAAGAUCGUCUGGAGGUGACUGUGGACUAUCGGUGCGACUGCAGGUGUACGCAGAGAGCUCAGGCCAACAGCAGCAUGUGCCACUCUGUCGGGACGUACACCUGUGGGACUUGUCGGUGUGAGUCGGGGUACCUGGGCGCCCGCUGUGAGUGCCAGGAGGGUGAGACGGGCAGCAUGUAUCUGAGCGCGUGCAGAGAGGCCGAGGGCAAACAGGUGUGCAGCGGGCGCGGCGAGUGCAGCUGUAACCAGUGCCUCUGCUACGAGUCGGAGUUUGGAAAAAUCUACGGGCGUUUCUGCGAAUGUGACGACUUCUCCUGCGCCCGCCACAAAGGCAUCCUCUGCUCUGGUCAUGGGGAGUGCCACUGCGGCGAGUGCAAGUGCCACGCCGGAUACAUCGGCGACAACUGUAACUGCUCCACGGAGACGAGCUCGUGCGUGUCUGAUGAUGGACAGAUGUGCAGUGGGCGGGGCAGCUGCGUGUGCGGGCGCUGCCAGUGCUCCGAGCCCGGCGCCUUCGGAGACACCUGCGAGAAGUGCCCCACCUGCCCCGACGCCUGCGGGACCAAGAGGGAAUGUAUCGAGUGCCGUCUCUUCAGCUCGGGGCGUCUGGCCGACAAUCAGACCUGCCAACGUCUGUGUAAGGAUGAGAUCAUCACCGUGGAAACGCUGAAAACGGACGAUCCUGGUGCUGUGCUUUGUCUCUAUAAAACAGACAACGAUUGUGUCAUGAAAUUCACGUAUUCGGAGCACGCCAGCGGCCAGUCCAUCCUCACCGCCCUGAAGGAGCCGGAGUGUGCGAGCGGCCCAGAUGCCCUCACGGUCCUGUUGGCGGUGGUGGGCAGUAUACUGUUGGUCGGUGUGGUGCUGCUCGCCGCGUGGAAGCUCGUCAUCACCAUCCACGACCGGCGGGAGUUCACGAGGUUUCAAAAUGCACGAUCGCGAGCCAGAUACGAAAUGGCGUCCAACCCUCUGUACAAGCAGCCGGUCACCACACACUCCGUGGAGACCGACUUCAACGUGUUUGGAAAGUCCUACAACAACGGCGGCCUGCUCUGAUCCGUCUGCACGCUCUCUCCUCUGCGCUGCUCUCCUCCCUCUGACCCUCAGCACAGGGCGCGGCAGGACCGGUCCAGAAACCAGAGCCGGGGACAAACUCUUCCCCUCCUUUUACCCUGGUGCAGCCACACGGGACCACACUGACCAGAGCUGGACUUCUGAGGCAUCUUUUGAGCAGAGGAGUCGCACGCUUAUGGGGAGCUGGGUUUUCUUUGUAUUUGCGUGUCGGCGAAGGCGGCCAGCAGCAACCGCAACAGACUUUUUGGGAAAGAACUUGAGAUUUUGUCCCGUCGUAUUCCACCACCUUGUACAGGCCCAAAUGUGUAUAUUUUUAUAAACCCUCAAUGCCUUUUUGAGUAAAUAUGGAUUUAAUGGGAGCUCGUUGAACACGUGUCACUAUAAUAUUCUUAACGAAGCACAUACUGCAGAAAGGGGGCGUCGGAGAGUCGUGGUACUACUAACAAUUAUAAACGAACCAGCCGCCAUUUUGCACAGAAUAGUCUUGUAAAGAUUUAAUAGUGUUUUUAUAUUGUGUGAAUGUGUUAUUAUCAUGAGCUCCAAUCGCAGUCCUGUUUUAAAAUCGGAUUAGCGUCUCCACCGCUCCCCCAGCCUCGGGUUCACGAGUUUAAUCUACUUUUUAAUACUGUCAGUGUGUCCUUAUAAAACACGAGACAUGACGUGUUUAGCUUCACCCUUUUUAUCUGAGAAGCUUUUUUUCUGAUUUGCACUAAAAACACUGUCCAAGGGCUAAAACACGGAGUCACCAUCUGUCCAUAACAUCGUGAAGAGAAGCUAAAUGCUAAAAUCGCCAAAACCGGUGGUGGAAGGUAACGAAGUACACGUGGGAAAGUACUGUACUUAAAGCUGCACUGUGUAACUUUUCUGGUGGAGUGUCCAACCAUAGACUGUAUAUAUAAAUGGGCGUAGCUAACCUGCUAACCGUUCCAAAUGGGAAGUGAUCAUGAGCGCACUUCCAGCUCCAUCGACUCUGGCUCCAAUUCACUUCCCCUCUCUCUGUAUCUGCUGCUGUCAGACUCGUCAUUUUGCUCUUAAAUGUUCGUAUUAACCCGCUCUACAUGAUCCUGGGGUUUUUGUUUCACUUUUGUGUCAGUAAAUCAAGAUAUGAACAUUAAUAACAGACAAAUCAGACGCCUUCUUUCCCAGAGGUCGCUCUCACUAGCGUUAGCAACAGGUUUGAUUGACAGCGUUGCUAAGCGCCUGCUCCCUGCUAAACCAGCCGUGUGGGUGGGAAAGGGGCGUUACCUUCAACAGCCUCGCUCUGGAUUGGCUCUUUGGUUGCUAUGAUACUCGCGGUCGGAAUUCCAAAUAUGCAACUCUGCUCCAAAUUAGCCGCUAUAACUGUUAGCCUCAGUGAGUUUUAUUUGGAGCCGAACGCCGUGGGUGACGUCACACUCACUUCUUUAUACAGUCUACGGGUCCAACACAUGCUGCUUGUCUUCGUGGGGAUGUUAUUUUGCCUGGAAUGUUCCACAGUAUGGCAUUAAACGCAGUAAUCUUCAUGAUGCCACCAAAGCAAGUUAUAAGUCAGAUCAGUGGAGAGGCAUCCCCACACAGUAAGAAUGCAGGUUUUUUUUUAGUUUUCAACCAGAUAGAUAAGUUCUCUGCUUAUUGGAACAUUUCAGUCAAAGUAAUGACAUCUCCAUGGAGACGAGAGAAAGAAGACAAGAAAAGUUACAUAGUGCAGCUUUAAUACUUAAUACUUUUACUCUUAAAGUACAUAUUUAAACAGGUACUUAAAUAUUUAAUUUAACCAAGGUUUAGUUUGUUUUCAUCCCUGACAGUUUGGACUGCUCACUAGCGCCUCAGAGUGGUCACAUGAUGUCGCUGUGACGUGAUUGGUCAGCUGAUUUAAACGACAGCGCCAUCUGCAGGCCGACUCCUCCACUCAAACCGGGACGAGGGGCUUUUUUACUCGCACACCUCGGAUACUGUCUUGAAGAAGUCGGACUGCAGAUGGCGCUCUCAUCGGGUACUUACAUACUUUUACUUUUACCUGAGUAACUUUUUACCUCUGUAUCUGUACUUUUACUUAAGUAACAACAUUAGUUACUACUUAGUUACUUCUUCCACCACUGUCCAAAACACAUUAAAGCAAAUGGAGCCAAAAACACAACAAGGUCCCAGGUCCAUCACUGACGAGGUAUUUUCAGGCAGCGUUUUAAUCAAACCAGCAAUAACAUUUUGAGCUAAUUAAAAUACACCUGGUGCUGAAACGGCGUAACUUCAUAUUAAUUUCAUUUUAAUACAAUUUGGUGCUAACCCGAAAAUUGUAAAUGCAAAUAUCGGCAGGAAAGAAAAGUAGAAUAAAACAAAACGAACCUGUGAUGUGUUCAAAUCUGCCUUUUAUUCAAAAUCUAAACAUGGCUGCUACGUUAUUAACCCCGUGUGAGUCUGAAAUCACACUCCUCACUGCAGAGGGCGCUGUGGUGCAUGGGGCUCUAGAGUAUUUAUAUGAACAGUCUAAAUGUGGACUGUUUGAUGGGUGUGCAGCUGUGGGAGGAGCCGACACGAGUGUGAUCUAGUGAUGGGACUUUCAGCUCUUUUUUUUUUUUUUUAAGGGAUCCGAAUCUUUUGGAGCCAUUUAUUUCAAAGAGCCAUUCAAAACAUUGGCUCUUUUACUGUUUGUUUAUGACAGAAUCCAAUGUGAGAACUCAUUUACAAACUAAUCGCAGAGAGAAACGGCCGAGGCUUGAACGUGUUUAAACCAUGGACUGUAUAUAUAUAAAUGGACGUAGCUAACCUGCUAGCCGCCGCGUCCCAAACAGGAAGUGAUCAUGGACAUGGAGCCAGUUUUAUUUCACUGUUGUGUCUGUAAAUCAAGAUAUGAACAUUAAUAACAGACGAAUCAGGCGUCUUCUUUCCCUGGAGUCGAUGGUGUUAGCAACAGGUUUGAUUGACAGCGUUGCUAAGCACCCGCUCCCUGUUAAAUCAGUGCUGUGGGCGGGAAGGGGCGUCAUCUUCAACAGCCUCACUUCUGAUUGGCUCUUUGGUUGCUGUGGGUGACGUUACUCUCACUUCUUUAUACAGUCUGUGGUUUAAACUGAGAGCGGGAGUGUGUUUUCAAAUUAUACAUGAUCGAAAUACAAACAAUAAUUUUUAAGUUGUUAUUAUGAUGCCAAAUAUGUUUUUCGUGCACGGAUCUCCCACUCGUGUCGCUCUGCUCUGUUUUGAUUCUUGUCAGUUCAGUGUUGAUCAUUAUACAAAUGCAUGCAAAAAAUGAGAUCCGGAUCCAACCGUUGAAAAGAAAGAGCCGACUCGUUCACACGCGUCGCGUCACUAGUGCGAUUCUCUGACAGCUCUGAGGGACUCGGAGUUGUUCUCGAGUGUGAGUGUUUAUAAUGUGCACUGUGUACAGAAAUGAAAGGGGGACGUGUUGCUGUGAGAUUUGGCAGAUUUUUCCAAAAGUAUUUCACUAGUUCAGUGUCGGCGUCUGUACAGGUCACUUAUUCAAACCAUCCGCCGCCAUUUUGAUGUAACAAGACGACAAUAAACGCAUCAUUGUGUAAAGUUAUUCAGUUUAUUCAUUACGUUCUGAAAACAAAACUGCACAGAACAUGUGAUUUGAGGGGUUGUUUUUAGCAUCUUGACUAAAGGUUUUGAGUCAAGUUUCAGCUUUGAGUAAAACAAAAAUACACAAAAUUCAUGAGAAAAACACUGAUCGUAUUAUUACUGUGAACAAAAUAUCAUGUUUAAUCAAAUAGCUCUACAUUUACACUUUAACAAACGAAUAACACUUUUGUGAAAUACUUGUACUUUUUACUCUUAAAGUAAAUUUUUAAACAGG